AUGAACAGCGAAGGACUUGACUUUGUUCCUCAUCACAAGAUCGUUUUGCUUGGCAACUCAGGUUGUGGUAAGACAUCAAUCAUUUACAGAUACGUUUCAGAUGCUUUUACUUUAGAAACGAAAUCAACUGUCGGCGGAAAUCACCAAAAAAAGAGGGUUCAGCUUGAUUCAGGCCCGGUUGAUCUUUUCAUAUGGGAUACCGCAGGUCAGGAACGAUUUCAAGCUUUAAUGCCUCUUUAUGCCAGAUCAUCUGAUCUUGCAAUUAUCACCGCUUCAAUUACUGAUAAGCAUUCAUUCGAUGCAUUAGAUCAAUGGAUCGAAUUAGUUCAAAAUGCAUGCACGCCAUGCCCACCUUUAGUAUUAGCAGUAAAUAAAAUGGAUGAUUACGAACGCGCUACAAUGACAUCAGACGAAAUUAACGAUUUAUUUAAAGAUAAGUUCAGGGCUAUUUUCUUCGUUUCUGCUUUAUCAGGUGAAAAUAUCGAUCAACUUUUCAAUUUUGUUGCUUUAGAAGCUAAUGUAUUUUCAAAACAAAAUGCACCGGCGCAACCAGAAGUUAAUGUCGAAGAAAAACCAAAAUCAGAACGCCAUUGCUGCUAG